ACAGUUUGCUAAAAGGAUUACAAAACUUGAUAUAUUAUGUUGCUGGUAUACAAUGAUGUAUAGAUAAUUGUUUAGAAGUGUGAAGUAAUAAAUAUUCUAGAAAUAUAUUAAAUAAGGAAAUUAAUUUAUUUUAAAACUAUGGAAGCAACUAAAGUGAAUACUGCCUUCUUAAGCAAUUUUGAGGUGAUGCAAGUGCUGAAGGAGUUGAAAUUGAAAGAUUCAAAACGGAAAUUCAUGAUGCGAAAUUUUGCAACAAUUACUUAUGAAACUUUGAAGUUUUUAGAAGAUUCUCCAUGCGUUUUACAAAGCAAGGAGAACAUAUCAAACUUUCUGAAAGCUGUAGAACCCUUUAAUCUUGUAAAAAUUGAGAAGCUUCUCAUGAUCAAUGAACCUCCUACUACGCCCCUUCAAAUACAAUUAAUUGUUGAGGACAGUGAAGAAAGAUUAUCAGAAGAAGAUGUGGAUAAACUGCUAGAUGUUAUUGCAAAUACUUUGCCAGUACCCGAAAUAAAUGAUGAAGAGAAUGACUAAUAGAUUCUAUUAGUUG